AUGGGCUUCAACCUACUUGGAGAAUUCAUUCCGAUCGGUGGCCGCACUGCCAAGGGCCAGCAAUUGUACAAGGAGGCGCGAAGAUUGUAUGAUGGACAAGGCAUGGAUACAAAAACAAACAUGCGAAAAAUACAGAGUGUCAAUCAAAUACUUGCGAAAGAAGAUAAGGGUGACGCCUUCAAUUUUGGAGCCACUGAUUUCCUGAAUGCGAACAGUUGGAGUAAUGGGCACUGGAAAUAUUUCGGGGAAGCACAUUCGGCGCCAUUCACUGCUAUCGAUCUCUAUCAGUGAUGGCACCAAUAUAGGAGUUUCCUUUUCCUGCGCAGAUCAAACAUGCUACUCUUCUUGCGUCUCAAACGAAAGUUUGGGUGGUGCUAGUCUCGAACUUUUCUUCAUAAUCAAGCCGGCCGCUAGUUAAAUGUACUUUAGAAAUCACUCAUAAAUAGAAAAUAAAGAAAUUUUUAUGGCAUUACUAUGUGAUAGGCAGCAUCUUCAACGUACUUGAAAGUUCAAUUUAUAUAUUGACUCAUAAACUGCAGCAUGGCUUACGUGCUGCAAAGGUGAACAUGUAAGAAAAAACGAUAAAAAGUAAGGCAAAAAAUUCAGAUCCGGCAAAGGCAGGAAAAAAAUGAUGAUGUACUACGUAAGUAUAAAAAAAGUAUAAUAUCUGAUUCUAAACACCACUUACCCGUAGUUAUUGCUUCUGAUUAUGGAAAACAGAAGAAAUAAAAUCCGAUAGAUUUUUAUGCUGUACCUACACGUAAUCUUCGAUUAUCAUAAAAAUAGUUAAACUUUCACAAGGAUGACAGCCCGGCGAAUUUUGUGCUUUGAAAGUUACUGCCUUACGAAUUAUGUACAGCUACAGCCUCGGCAUUUCGUUUUUGAUUUCUUGUUGAAGGCACGCACAGGCCUCGGCCGCCUUCGACGAGAAGACCUCUAGGGUAGUCACGACAAUAGCGCGGCGCCUAGAUAAGCGGAUCCUCGAGCUCUUAGUUACUUCGCUGCUUUCAUAACCAACUCUAUUCACUUCAAUUUCAAGCUCACUCUUCUUCUUCCAUCCUCCUAUCCAAACGCCAGCACCUCAGUUCAUAGUUGCGGUACUGCUGCUGCUGCUGCUGCUGCUUGGGACGUGCUGAUGCUCGUCUAACACUACAUCUUAACCUCAAGAACUAUACAUAGGGUUAGUAGUACCUCCUGCCUAUUGUAGUGGUUGUUUCUUUUGGUCGAUGAAGAUGAACCGAUGUUGUGGUUUUAUUUGUCAUGUAUAUCACAGAUGACAAUUUGUGAUCGUUGGAACUGGAAACAAAGGAUUCAAGAUAUUUGUGUCCAAGCAGGGUGGGGCCGUGGCGCCACUCAUUGGCGCGUCGUG